AUGGGUGGCUUGAUGCUCGCUGCAAUUCGCAAGUACGGCGGCGACUUGACGGAUUUCAUGCAGAUACGCCCUGGUCUCGGCGUCACUCCUUACAAAAGCGUACUGAGGCAAAAACAUAACGGCUUUUCCGCAGAAGAUGAACACAGACGCAGAUGGCCAAUUCAGGACAACACAGCGAAUACUAAUGUCGCAGACAGGUACGCAAACUGGUUUUUAUCCUCGCAAUCGCAGCACGACGGUAUAGCCUGCGACGCGUUCGCUACAAGCUUGUUAGUUGCCGCUGGCAUCACAAUGGAAAAGGGGGACGCCAGUAUUGGCAGGACCAGACGCGAAGCACCAAAAGUGCGCACUACUGGAUAUUCAGCUGAUAGCGUUGACGCCGACUGGUGUGCGGGAGGUUCGUUGAGUCACGAACAGCAAAGCAAGCAGAAAUUUCGACAAGAGAUUUUGCCUCUGUUGCCAAUUCUGUCCAGCCGCGACGUUCAUGGACAGCAGGAGGUCGUCUUGCAGAUUUCCAUGACUUGGGAUGCUGAAGAUGCAGAUGCUCCCACGCGGUCCGAAUGUAUCUCGCAUACUUUCGUGCUUGCUGUUCUUGCUGGUAUGGAGAGGUCUGAAGAUCGGGCCGCACGCAUUUUUCAAGCGGGGUCGGUUCAGCGCUCCGGACCGCAGGGUAUCUCGCCGAUUUUUGUAGCGCCAACUAUCACCGACCUUUCUGCAGUGGAACUUCAAAACCUUAUUCAAGCGUUGCUGUUUGAUUGGCACUCGAACCAAAAUGAAGACCUGCUUAAAAAGACCAAAACAAUCAUGGAGGGCAAGCUUGGUGUACCAGCCGAUGUUCUUGCGCGUGAAGUAAAGGAUCCGUCGUUGAUGCAGUGGUUCGCCUUCACGGUCGUGUCGCCAAGAAGGAUGCUAUCGAAAAGAUGGAUCAUCAUGCGAAGCUUUACAAGAAUGACAUGCUUGUUCCUAGAAACAAGCUGCGCCCUGGUGAUUCCGUCCAAGUCAUGGGUAUCACAAAAAGGUGGGAGCUAA